GCGAGGGAGCGGCCGAAGAGGCGAGGAUGCCGUGGAGCGUUAGGUCGCGACCUCUGCUGGGAGGUGCUGUUUCUCUCUCCUUUCUGGGGCUGGGAGUGGGGGGAUGUGGGCUGCAUCCAAGUCGCUGCCCCCCACGCCCUCCCAACCUCCGUCACAGCUAUUCUCGGCCUGUUUGCGCGGGGACUGGCCGAUCUCCCUUCGGCCGGCCCCGGGGUCUGCGGGAGGGGACUGGCUGGGGAGGGAGACUUAAGGGCGCUGGCGGCUGUCGUUCCGGUCGCUGAGAGUCGGCCCCACAGCUCCAGUUUUUCCAAGAGAGUUCAGCCUCCCCACUUCCAGAGCAUCCACCGCCAAAAAUAAGACAUCAUCUCAGCUAGUAGGCAGUCCCCCUCACCAUUUCUUUCACUCCCUCUUAAGUGCCUUUCCUAUCACACCCCGGAGCCUCUCACACACAAAGCAGAUGGGAGAUUGGAGACCCGAGUUUAGCCAGGGAUGGGAUUUAACAAACUCCUAGGAAGCCUUGAUUCCCAGGGAAGAAUGUUAGUGACCCAGCACGGAUUGGGGACCCAGUCAGGCAGCCCAGAAAGAGGGACAUUAUACAAACAUAUGUAAAGACCCACUAACAUGUGUGAACCUGUCUUCAAGUCUGGAAAGAAUCCAGUUUCAAUCAAUUGGUGUAUCCAAAAAAGAGGCCAUCCCAAUGUUGGUUUAUGUUUAUUUUCCACUGACCCUAUGAGUGAAGAUAUCCUUCACCAUGACUCCAUCUGAGUAUGUUCCAGCUCAUCCGACGUUCCAUCACCAGGUUAAGAGAUAUGGAGAUUUCCACAAGGAUUUGGAGAGGAGCCCCAGUAGUUAAUAAAAUUCUGCAUUAGAUCUGUCAGGAAAGGUAAAGAAACCAGGACUCUGCUAGGAAAGAGGAGGUUAUAAUAAUGGUUUACUAAAACUUUUCAAAUAUAGAGACUAUCAACUACCUGUUGUGCCUUGCUGAAGAAUUAAAUAAGAAAAUAGAUUUAUGAUCCAACCUGAAGAGUUUUAAGUGAGAGCUAAGGAAGAAAUGUUUCAAUAAUUAAACUUUGAGGUUUAUUUAAGUGCUUAAGGAGGCGGAUCUUUGGAGAGUUUUUUAAAUGAUGAAUUUACAUGUGUCCAUUUUUUUAAAGAGAAACUAACCAUUUUGAUAACCUAGUAUAGGGCUCCACACUGUUUCAAGCAUUUUUACAUAUAUUAACUCAAUUAAUCCUUAUAAUGAUUCAGUGAGAUAGAUAUUAUUAUCCCCAUUCUAUAGAUAUGGAAGUUGAAGUUCAAAGGUUAAACAAUUUAUCCAAAAUAAUAUAGCUGGUACUAAGUGACAAAGUCAGGAUUUGAAUCCAGUUCUGUUUUCACCUUACCUGCCAGCUUCCCCUAACUGAAAGCUGGAUGAUGAGCCAAAGGACCAGUGAGACUGCAGCUUCCGGAACUCAUUCACAGCAGAAAUAGUUAUGUCUAGUCUCUUACUCAAAGGUUGUUGCUACACCUACCACAGUGCCUGUCUCAGUCCUUUUGGGCUGCUAUAAGAAAUUACCAAAGACUGAAUGACUUGUAAACAAUAAAUUUAAUUCUGAGUUCUGGAUCCUGGAAGUCUGAGAUCUGGAUGCCAGCAUGGUUAGGUUCUGGUGAGGGCCCUCUUCUGGUUGCAGACUGCUAACUUCUGGCAGUGUCCUCACAUGGCAGAAGGGGCCAGUGAGCUCCCUGGGGUCUCUUUUGUGAGGGCACUAAUCCCAUUCAUAAGGGCUUUGCCCUCAUGACCUAAUCAUCUCCUAAUAUCACCCUGGGAGUUAGGAUUUCAACAUAUGCAUUUUAGGGAGAUAUAAACAUUCAGUCCAUUGCAGUUUCUAACUUCAAGUAGGGUUCAAUGUGUUUAAAUUGAGUUAAUUUAAACUUGAUCCUAUCUGAGGAGGUGACAUUUAAGCAAAGAUACCUAUGAAACAGUUAUAUGAACACAUUGCAGAAGAAAGUGACAAGCAGAAGGAACAGCAAGUACAAAGAACCUGAAGUCAGAAAUUGCUUUAUUGUAUUUGAGGAACAGCCAGGAGAUCAAAUGUUUGGAGCUAAGUGGACAAGAAGAAGACUGGUAGGAGGUAUAUUUGAAGAGGAAGCCAGGGGUCAGAUCAUGUAGUGCCACUGCUACUCACUUUAAAAAGAUUAAUCCUCAAGAGCACAUAACCAACAGCUCAUGAUGCUUCACAAGACAAAGGAUGCAUGAUUAAACUGUUAGAAAUUAAAAUUAUUUAUUGAAUGACUAUCGUUAUGCCAGGCACAGGAUAGAACCUUAAGCAUAUCAUCUCAUUUAAUCCUCACACUAAUUCUACAUGACAGAUAUUGUAUACCUUGAGAAAAAUGGAAAAACAGAAAUAUUAAGUAACAUGCUUCACACAAUAGGUGGCAGAGACAAGAUAUGACCCAGGUUUCUGAUUCCAAAGUCUAGAUUUUUCUACUAUACCACAGUUUCUCAUUUGAAAGACUGUAAGGAGACAGCAGUUCAUGCAUAUAUGCAUUCAUCAAAAAAUUAUGUUCAUUUCUAUGUGACAGGCACUAUAGAAAUAAUAAAAUGUAAGAUAGCACUUUUUAAGUUUUUAUAUGAUUACAUUCUUACCAGUUGUUUGUUUUUAAAACUUUGCAGACAGAUGGACUACAAGGCAAUUGCCCAACAAACUGCCCAAGAAGUUUUAGGUUAUAAUCGAGAUACAUCAGGCUGGAAAGUGGUUAAAACUUCAAAAAAGAUAACUGUUUCCAGUAAGGCUUCUAGAAACUUCCAUGGAAAUCUAUAUCGUGUUGAAGGGAUAAUUCCAGAAUCAGCAGCUAAACUAUCUGAUUUCCUCUACCAAACUGGAGACAGAGUUACAUGGGAUAAAUCAUUGCAAGUGUACGAUAUGGUACACAGGAUUGAUUCGGACACAUUCAUAUGUCAUACCAUUACACAAAGUUUUGCCAUGGGCUCUAUUUCCCCUCGAGACUUUAUCGACUUAGUGUACAUCAAGCACUACGAAGGAAAUAUGAACAUUAUCAGUUCUAAAAGUGUGGAUUUUCCAGAAUAUCCUUCAUCUUCAAAUUAUAUCCGUGGUUAUAACCAUCCUUGUGGCUUUGUAUGUUCACCAAUGAAAGAAAACCCAGCAUAUUCCAAACUAGUGAUGUUUGUCCAGACAGAAAUGAGAGGAAAAUUGUCCCCAUCAGUAAUUGAAAAAACCAUGCCUUCCAACUUAGUAAACUUCAUCCUCAAUGCAAAAGAUGGAAUAAAGGCACACAAAACUCCAUCGAGACGUGGAUUUCAUCAUAAUAGUCAUUCAUGAUACCAAAAGAAGAAAUGAGGCCAUUCUGCUAUAAAAUCAUGUGUAGUAGUUAUUGCCGUUUACUUCUAAGUCAACACACAUAAAUAAUACUGUUAAACUAUUCUAGACAGUAUUCUUGUACACAUGGCUGAAGAUAGUUCAUACAAAUAAGAACUCAUAGUUGUACAAGAAUAUGGCAUUAAAUACAGUUUUUAAUCUCACAUAAGAAUGAUGUUAAAUAAAGGUGUUAUUAGUA